AUGCAAACUUUAGGAAGCAAUAACUUAUCUCACUUCGCCAGCUGCAGUCGUUUGACGUCAGAGUGUAAGAAAGUGCUGAAUUUUUCUGAAUUUUGCCCUGAAUUGCAGACAAUUAUUGAUGAAUUCAACGCGAGAUUUUCAGAUUUUGAUAGUAUCAAGAAUGACGUGUCUCUGUUUAGUAAUCCAGUCAAAGCAAGCAUUGAGGAACAAACGGUCAACCUACAAUUAGAGCUCUGUGAUCUCCAGGUUGACCCGUUCUUUCAAACAAGAACCGAAAGGAGACCCAAGUUCUUCAAAUUGCUUCCAAUUGAACGGUUUCCAAAUCUGCGUGACUUAGGACUGAAAAUAACUUUCAUGUUUGGGAGCACAUAUUUAUGCGAAAGUGCUUUUUCGGCGAUGAAGUUUAUCAAGAAUCGUCACAGGAGCUCUCACUCCGACAGUUCAUUGUUAGACUCUCUUCGGCUGCCAACGACAAACAUCGAUGUUGACAUUCCUGCCCUUAUAAAGAAGGCUGAUCGGCCUCAGUUUUAA